AGAUGGCAUGGAAGCUCGGUUUGCUGACUUGUGCAAGAAUGGCUUAUCUUUAGAUGAGAACGCUUAUGAAGAAGUGUUGAAGCUGUUCAAUGAAACUAAACAACUUCUUUCAGCAAACGUUGCUACAAUUGGGAGCGGAACUGUGGAAGAGGCGGAGCGUUUUUGGUUUGCAUUUGUUUUGUACUCGGUGAAGAGGUUGAGUGAGAGAAAUGGAGAGAACGUGCACCAAGGAACAGAUGAUAGAUUUAACUUGUGUCAGAUUCUAAGAGUAGCAAAGCUGAAUAUUGUAGAUUUUUUUAAAGAACUACCUCAGUUUGUGGUCAAGGCUGGUCCAUUGUUAAGUAGUAUGUUUGGGGCAGACUGGGAGAGUAGGCUUGAGGCAAAAGAGCUGCAGGCCAAUUUUGUGCACCUUAGCCUUCUAAGCAAGUAUUAUAAACGUGUAUAUCAGGAGUUCUUCUUGGCUAGUGAUGGAAAUGUUGAAAAGAAGUCAGUUGCUGCUAGUGCCAAUGUUUAUGUGUCAGACUAUCAUCGGUUUGGAUGGUUGUUGUUUUUGGCACUGCGAGUUCAUGCAUUCAGCCGUUUUAAAGAUCUUGUGACGUGCACAAAUGGUUUAGUUUCUAUACUGGCUAUUUUAAUUAUACAUGUUCCUAUUCGCUUCAGAAACUUCAAUAUCCAAGACUCUUCAUGUUUUGUUAAGAAAGGCGACAAAGGUGUUGACUUGCUUGCAUCACUGUGCAAUAUCUAUGAUACUUCAGAAGAGGAGUUGAGGAAAACAAUGGAGAAGGCAAAUGAUCUUAUAGCAAGUUUAUUGAAGAAAAAACCCUGCUCGGCAUCUGAAUGUCAAACUGAAAACCUAGAGAAUAUUGACCCAUAUGGUUUGACCUACUUUGAAGAUUUAAUGAAUGAAACAUCUCUCACUUCUAGUUUGAGUAUUUUAGAAAAAGAUUAUGACGAGGCAAUUCGCAGUAAAGGUGAACUUGAUGAAAGGGUGUUCAUCAAUGAGGAGGACAGCUUGCUUGGUUCAGGGAGCUUGUCUGGAGGUGUCAUGAAUAUAACUGGUGUCAAGCGAAAACUUGAUUCACUAACCUCACCAGCAAAGACGAUCUCAAGUCCAUUCUCUCCUCUUCGCUCUCCUGCCUAUAACAGAAGUGGGAUUGGUGUAACAGUUGCUAGACCAGCCCUCGCUGGAGAGAUAACUCGUCUUGGAUUAUUAGCGGAACCAAUGCCAUCUUUGGAUGCAAUAGCCAUGCAUAUUAACUUUUCUUCUGGAAGCUUACCUCCUGUGCCUUCUUCGCAGAAGCAUGAAAUCUCUCUAGGCCAGAAUGGAGACAUCAAAUCUCCAAAGAGACUCUGCACAGAUUUCCGGAGUGUUUUAGUAGAGCGGAACUCCUUUACUUCACCAGUGAAAGAUCGUCUACUAACCUUAAGUCAAACUAAAUCCAAGAUGCCACCGCCUCCUCUGCAGUCUGCAUUCGCCAGUCCGACACGACCUAACCCUGGAGGUGGAGGAGAAACAUUUGCAGAGACUGGAAUGAGUAUAUUUUUUACCAAGAUUAAUAAGCUGGCAGCUGUCAGAAUUAAUGGUAUGGUUGAAAGGCUACAGCUGUCGCAGCAGAUGAGAGAGAGUGUUUAUUGUCUCUUCCAGAAAAUUCUGAGUCAACGGACUUCUCUAUUCUUUAAUCGUCAUAUUGACCAGAUCAUCCUGUGUUGUUUCUAUGGAGUUGCCAAGAUUUCACAACUGAACCUGACCUUUAGGGAAAUCAUUUACAACUAUCGGAAGCAACCACAUUGCAAACCACAAGUUUUUCGCAGUGUCUUUAUUGAUUCAGCGUCAGCACGCCGGAGUGGGAGAGCAUGGCCGGACCAUGUCGAUAUUAUCACAUUUUACAAUGAAGUGUUUAUUCCUGUUGUAAAACCAUUGCUGGUGGAGCUUGGUCCUGUUGGGACAGCUAUGAAAAGUAAUCGGGUUCCUGAGGCCAAUGCCAAGAGUGAUGGUCCAUGUCCUGGAUCCCCAAAAAUAUCUCCUUUCCCAAGUCUCCCUGAUAUGUCUCCAAAGAAAGUAUCUGCAGCACAUAAUGUAUAUGUAUCUCCAUUGCGAUCAUCCAAGAUGGAUGCUCUUAUUUCACAUAGUGCAAAAAGCUAUUAUGCUUGUGUUGGAGAGAGCACUCAUGCUUAUCAAAGCCCUUCUAAAGAUCUGACUGCCAUUAAUAACCGGUUGAAUAGUACCCGGAAGGUUAGGGGCGCACUAAAUUUUGACGAUCCGGAUGUUGGUUUGGUGAGUGAUUCCAUGGUGGCCAACAGCCUCUACCUCCAAACUGGGAGUUGUGCGUCUUCAUCAGGAGCACCCGUGAAAUUUGAGCAAGCCGAUUCCUAAUUUUUCUCUCAUUGUAAAUUCUCCCGGGCUCUUCUUCAUAUAUUUACUGGAAUUAUAGGGGUGUGGUUGGGGGGGAGUUGUUUGAGCGGAGUGAUUUAUGUGCAAUAGCCGCCAACGUCCCCCAGUGCCUAAGCCAAUGUUAAAAUUCUGAAUUUGGAAGGUGAGGCUGGCUUUUUGACUAAUCUAAUAAAUUAACCUUUCUCUUUUGUAGUUCUUCUGAAA